AGAUAUUCUCCAAGAAAGUAGAACAAGCAGCCAGAGAUUCAGCAAUUAUCUUUGCCCAUGAGGAUGAUGGUAACUCUGUGUAGUUCAUCUUUAGACACACUUAAGAAUACUGCUAAGUUCAGAACAUCAGGGGAAAUCGGUUUCUUUGACAGAGUCUCAUAUUUCAGAAAUGCAAAUCCUCUUUAUAAGUGGAUUGUUGAUGACUCUUCAAUUACUCAAGAGCCUAAAGCCAUGUCUUUCUUGCUGACUAGAGAUUAUACUGAGAGCGUCAAAGAUAUUGUUAGAGACCAACUCAGCAGUAUUGAAACCUCGAUAAGAGUGACAAUAGCGAUCCUUCCGAAUGGAUUCGUAAAUAUCUUAGCUGAAGAUCCUGACCAUCAAAGGUUCAGAGUCAGAGAUGUCCCUGGAGUGGUGGAGCCUCACAUCUUUCAGAGUCCUAAGUACGGUGGAACUUCAGACGCCAAAUACACAAAUGGAGUCGAUUCCAUAUCUAUGAAGUUCAAUACAGAGAUCUCUCAGAUAGUUGGAUACACAAACCAUGAUGCUGUGCAGUCUCAGUCGUCAGUCGAAGUGACUGUAAACAAAGAUAGCUUCUCGCUUUGUUAUACAGUCAACGGUCAGCAAAGACUGGUGAUCCCAGCAAACACCUUUGUAUUCGAGACAUCUAAAGAUGCUGAGUUGAUCAGGAUUCUGGCAGAAAACUCAGGAGCUGACGAGUGGCUACAGAAAGUACUCAAGUCAACAUCUGAGUCAUACAAGUUCAAAGGGUACACUGAACAAAUCCCACAUGGACCUUCUUGUGUAGGACUGACACUGGAGCAUGUGAAGCAUGUUGACUCAUCAUUUGACUUGAAAUUGAUGGGAUUGUGACACCGAUUGACUGAUAACUUAGACUUUGAGUGAAGCAUCGAUUAUGAAAGCAGAGAACGACUCACUGAACCUCACAGAUCAUCAAACAAUACUCAUUUCAGUGAUAAGCAUCUAACAGUAGGGUUGUAUGGGUCUUGUCCAUUGUUGUAUUCUCUUGAAAGCAACAUUUCAACAGGAGUUAUUGUCCUCAACACCUCUGAUACUCUAGUAGACUUCAUGCAAAACGGUGAUAACAAAAUUUCUGAGUGGACCAAUGAAUCCGGAGUGCUAGACUUGUAUAUGUUUACAUCUGAGAGUAUUGAACAAAACGCCCAGAAAGUUAGCGAGUUCUCAGGACGGAUCCCGAUGCCUCUCGAAACAGCUCUGGGCCAUCACCAAUGUAGAUGGAACUACUUCACUCAGUUCGAAGUUGAAGAUCUCAAUCAGAAAUUGGUUGAACACAACGUGCCUACAGACUUUAUUUGGCUGGACAUCGAGCACACCAACUCUAAAGUGUACUUCACAUGGGACAAAGAAGCUUUUCCGAAUCCAAAAGCCAUGUACGAUGCUUUGGUCGAAGCAGACAGACAAUUAGUCACAAUUGUGGACCCUCACUUCAAAGAUUACAGGUUCGCUGAGGCCGACGAGAAACGAAAGACUGAAGCUCUCAAGCGCAUUCAGUAUUCAAACGAAACCACAGAGAAACUGACCGAAGAAGAAAAGUUGUCGAUGGAGACACUUGAUGAAGAAGCUGCCAAUCAUUACUUGGCUCCUGAAGCAAUAUCGAAAGGACUUGUGGUGAUGGAUAAUAAAGGCAAAGAAUUCAAUGGGUUCUGUUGGCCAGGGACUUGUGUGUGGAUAGAUUUUCUGAAUCAUGAGGCUCAACAGUACUUUGGAAAUCAGUACUUGCAUUCAGAUCAUUUACAAAGAUUACCUCAUGUGCACGUUUGGAAUGACAUGAACGAGCCUGAAGUAUUUCUUUCAGAAACAGAAGCAUCAAUGCCUAAGACAAAUAUCCAUAAGGUUACCUGUUGCAUACUAAACAAUGAAGAGCAUACUUAUGAAAUAAAAAAUUUUGAAUUUGAACACAGAGAUGUCCAUUCUCUGUAUGCACUCACAAACCAAAAAGCUACUUAUGAAGGACUUUCGCAUAAGAAAAUUGAACUUGAUGGACAACACAAACACCUCAGACCAUUUAGCUUGUCCAGGUCGUACUUCAUGGGCUCUCAAAAAUACUGUGCAAUGUGGCUUGGUGACUCUACCUGUAGCUGGGAGCAUCUGGCCAAAUAUAUUCAGAUGUGUGCAUCUAUAGCUCUUUCAGGAUUUUCAUUUUGUGGUCCAGACAUCCCAGGGUUCUGGGGAAAUGCAACUCCUGAACUAUGUACAAGAGCUUAUCAGCUCGGAUGUCUGUUUCCGUUCUUUAGGUCUCACUCUGACAGACUCAAUGACAGAAGAGAAGUCUACUUGUUUGAUUCACCAUACAAACAAGCCAUGACCAACGCCAUCGUGACAAGGUACGAACUCAUUCCAUACUACUACACACAGUUCUACCAUCACCACAUCAGCAGUCUGCCAAUCAUCAAUCUGGUCAUUGAUUAUGAGUCAGGAGAAAUUCACAGAGAUCAGCUGUUUAUUGGGCAGACUUUGAUAACAAAAGCAGUCACACAAGAAGAAGCCAAGACAGUAUCAGUGUAUUUGCCAGAGUAUGAGACUGGUGACUUCUGGUACCAAAGACACUGCUCAGAAGUCUACUCAUCUAAGUCACUUGUCGAAGUAGAAGUGGAAAUCAGUGAACAAGCUCAAGUUCCAAUCUUUGUCAAAGGCGGAUCCAUUGUGCCUGAGCAUUUUAACAUCCAGCAGAAUGAAGUGCGCUCAUUGUGGGAGAUGCGCAAGACUGGAGUCUCACAAGUCAAGUUAUACAUUUACCCUGAUGAAAAUCAUAAAGCCAAGGGCUACCUCUAUGAAGAUGACGGGUUCAGCACCGAUUACACUCACCAGAAAUACAACUUGAUAAUAUUUAGCUACAGCUGUGUCAACUCUAAAGACAAACUAAGAGUCAAGUACUUAAACAGAGGAUAUGACAGGAAGACCUCUUUCAUUGCUAGAGUCAUCACCAAAGACAAAGAAGUAUCAUUCGAGAUGGACGAAGAAGAACUUGACAUCAAAAUGUAA